CCAUGGAUUCGAAUCGGUGCAGUGACGAUACCUCGGCCAUCCUCGGCUACGGAUUGGACGCGAAGGCCGCUACGAGGAUGAUGACCGGCUCAAACGCCGUCGGACCCAGGCACACCAUCGACAAUAUCCUGGGCUUGGCCAGGAAGGAAGAAGACAGGGAAGGUUCGAUCACUCCGGGAAAUGGCGAGAGCGCCGGCGAGGGUAGCUGCAACUCCAACGACGGCCUGUCCGAGAUCCGAUACGGCAAGAGGUCCUCGGGGAUCGGCGGGGUGAACUCUGGAACUGCGGGAAGCGGCUCGGAGGACGAGGGCGUGGCCGCAACGGGGGGACACCCUGAAUCCCCCGACGGCUGCAAGAAGAAGCACCGCAGGAACCGCACCACCUUCACCACGUACCAGCUGCACGAGCUGGAGAGGGCCUUCGAGAAGAGCCACUAUCCGGACGUCUACAGCCGGGAGGAGCUGGCCAUGAAGGUCAAUCUGCCGGAGGUCAGGGUUCAGGUGUGGUUCCAAAACAGACGGGCAAAAUGGCGACGGCAAGAGAAGAUGGAGGCUGCAAGACUUGGUCUCAGCGAGUACCAUGCCGUUUCCACCCUCUCCAGAGCUGGUGGAAGCAGUCUGGCCCUUCCGAUGGACCCCUGGCUGUCACCACCCUUACUCUCUGCCCUUCCAGGUUUUCUGAGUCACCCCCAAACAGGCUAUCCCAGCUACCUGACGUCGCCCAUAGCGUCGGAAAUCAGCAGGCCACCCCCAGUGGCCCAUUCUCACUCCCCCAACUCCAACCCCGAUCUCAGAACUACCUCCAUAGCUGCGUUACGCCUUAAAGCCAAAGAACAUGUUGAAAAUAUAACCAAAGGACUGCAGAUGGUUUAGAAUCGGUGGUGAAUUUGUACAUAUUAUCUGAAUAGUUGUGUUAUGUAGGUUUGUAUAUAUUUGUGUAUAUUGACUGCGUUGUGUAUUAUGGAUAGCUGUUGCAUUUCUUGUGAUUCGAUAUGUAAGAGAUUUAGGAUGCUGCGAAUACCAGAACCUUUUGAUAAUUCAAUUGAAUCCAUCGAAGAUUGUAACCCAUAAUUUUUUUCUGAUAUUGAAUUGGCAUCCAAAAUAUUUUGGUCUUCACUAUCUAAUUUUCCCAUCGGAUAUUACAUAUUUUGAUUUUGAAGUCCCCUUAAUAUUAAGGUACGAAUGUUUCCUUUAGAGCUGUGAAUUUUUGUAAAUAAAGGCACAAUAAAAUAUGAUCAAAGCAAA